AUGCGCGGCGUGCUGAGGGAGUGCACGGUGUUCGUGGACGUGCGGACGGACGACGGGGACGACGCGGGGGGCUUGUUCGUGGACAUGUUGGCGGACAUGGGGGCGAAGGUCUUGACGCGCGUCGGGCAGACGUGCACGCAUGUCGUCUUCAAGAACGGGCUGCUGAGCACGCUCACGCGUUACCGGUUGCUGAAGGACCCACGCCCCCUGGUCGUUGGCAUCGCGUGGGUCGUCGAGUGCGCGGAACAAUGCACGCGCGUCGACGAGAGCAGGUUCUUGAUCAGCCUCGACGGGGUCAACGUUGCCGGCACACAGAAGGUGCGCCUCAUCGCUGCCAACGGCGUGGCAUCCUUUGAUGACCGAUGCAUUGUUCCUGUCCCUCUAGCGGCGACGAUCCAUGCUCCCUCGACAGUUCCACUCGCUGCAGUCCGCGGAGGCGGACGCAGCUUCGCCUGA